AACCCAUGUCCAAAAACUACCAAAUGGCCUAAAAAUGAAAGACGUCUCAGGAUCAGUGGUCGUGAUUAUGGUGCCUCUCCCGGCGCAAGGCCACCUCAACCAGCUCCUCGAGCUCGCCCACCUCGUCGCCUCCUAUGGCAUCCCUGUCCACUACGUCGGCUCCGCCUCCCACAACCGCCAGGCCAAGGUACGCUUCCAUGUCCUGGCCUCGUCCCUGACCAGCAACAUCUGUUUUCAUGACUUCCCGACCCCGCCCUUCCUGUCUCCUACCCCGAACCCUAAUUCCCCCAAUAAGUUCCCGUCCCACCUCCAGCCGGCGUUCGACGCCACCGCGUCGCUCCGUGGCCCCGUCGCCUCUCUCGUCCGCUCCCUCUCCUUGGAGUCGAGGCGCGUCAUCGUGGUGCACGACUCAAUGAUGGCGUCUGUGGUCCAGGACACUGCCUCAGUCCCCAAAACCGAGAACUACGUCUUCCACUCGGUUUCCGCAUUCGCGCUCUAUUGGUACACGUUGGAGGCCACAGGGAGGACGCUCCCGCAGAAGGAACAUGUCGACAUCACGGAGCUCUUCUUGUCCAAGGGCUCCCCGUCCCUCCUGGACGUCUUCACAGACGAGUUCUUGAAGUUCAUGGCGUCACAGCAUGAGUUCUUGAAGUUCAUCGCGUCGCAGAACGAUUUCAAGAAGUUCAGCUCAGGGAGCAUCUACAACACGUGCAGGGUAGUCGAAGGCCGUUACGUAGACUUAUUUGCCAGCGCAACCACGGGCGACGCUGCGACCAAGCAGUGGGCAAUCGGGCCGUUCAACCCGGUCAAAUUACACGAAAAGAGGUCGAGAAGAUCGGCUCAUGGGUGCAUGGAGUGGCUCGACAAGCAAGCACCGAGCUCGGUGAUAUAUGUGUCCUUUGGCACCACGACGGCGCUAAGCGACGAGCAGAUCCGCGAGAUCGCGAUGGGGUUGGAACGUAGUGGGCAGAAGUUCAUCUGGGUAUUGAGGGAAGCUGACAAGGCCGACAUUUUCAGCGGAGGAGGAGAGGCGAGGAAAAUCGAACUGCCCCAAGGGUUCGAAGAGACGGUACAGGCCCGAGAUUCCGGCGUGGUGGUGAGGGACUGGGCACCGCAGCUGGAGAUCUUGGGGCACCCAGCGACGGGCGGGUUCUUGAGCCACUGCGGGUGGAACUCUUGCAUGGAGAGCAUCAGCAUGGGAGUGCCGAUCCUUGCAUGGCCUAUGCAUUCGGAUCAGCCCAGGAAUGCUGUCUUGAUCACACGAGUCCUCAAGAUUGGACUUAUUGUCAAGCAUUGGAUGAGCCAAGACGACGUCGUGAAGUCCUCCACUAUUGAAGGGGCCGUGAAGGCGCUCAUGGCAUCGGAGGAAGGGGAGGAGACGAGGAAGAGGGCGGCUGAAUUAGGGGCAGCUGUCCAGGGGUCAAUGGACGAGGGCGGAGUUUCUCGGGCCGAGCUGGACUCUUUCAUCACUCACAUCUCCAGAUAGAUUUUCUCCAUUAUC